AUGGGCAAGAAGACAUCUCGCCCAGCCAAGGUUGGCACGGCUGCGUCGCCGGCCGGCGGCGUUGCUGGCACUAGCAGCAAAUCAUCUAUCCUGCGAGCUGCUUUCUCCCCGUCGGAAUACCAAUUGGCCCUGUUCGCAUCGGUCAUCCAGGGCCUGGAUGCGCAGCACCUCCGAAUCCACGACGUUAACACCGGCCGCCUACAAUGCGAACAUGCGUUGGGACCCAAGGAGACGGUCACCUCGCUGGAUUGGGGAUAUUUCGGAGGCAAGAAUCGCGAUCAGUCCAAGAAGAAGCGCAAGCGCGGGUCUGAUGUGAACGGCGCGGUGGACGGGUUGGAUCAGGGCGACGUUGUGGUUGCGAUUGGUACCAGCAGCUCGGAUAUUCGGAUGUUCUCCCCGUCGGAGGAUAAGAUUGUCGGUACUCUUACUGGCGCACAUGACAAGGGUAUCAAGGAUUUCAAGUUUACUACAGAGAAACCGGCCCAGGAGGCUUGGAGUAUUGGUGGUGAUAAUAAGCUUGUUCAGUGGGACCUGCGCACUGGGCAGAGUGUAAGGACAAUUCACUUGCCCGCCUCCUCAACUUUCACAGCCAUCGCUCGCCCCAUCUCCUCCAGCUCACCUGUCAUUUGCGCAUCUCAAACACCCUUCCUGGUCGAUGUGGAAAACUCCGAAGAGCCACCAGUCAAGUUCCCUGCGAUGCGCAACCAGAUUCACACCGUCAUCUCAUCAGACGGCUCAUUCCUUGCAUCCGACGGCGAGCGCUUCAUCAACGUUUUCGAGACCUCCAGCCAAAAGCUCGUACGGAAUCUCGUCGCCGAGCAGGAUGUCUCCUCCGUGUCACUCCUCGACAGCACUACUCCCGAAAAGCAAAUUCUUGCCGCUGUCACCGACGACGGCACCAUCGAGCUUUUCACGAAACCCUUUGCUCCGGCCCCGGCCAAUACUGCCAGCGCCAAGGCCAACCGAAAACAGAUGACCCAGAAGGCGAAUGCCUCUCUCAAGGUCCUGCGCACUGGUGACUCAGAUGCUUGCGUUCCCGUUGUAUCAACCUCGUUUGUUGGACCUGAUAUUGUUGUUGCCUAUGCCGAGGGUGGUGUGAUCCCCGUUUUCCAGCGUAUGAAGCUGCUCGAUGAGACCACCGAGGAGCUUUCGUUCACAGGGCUCAAGGCCGUUGUCAAGACCAAGUCCAGCUCUGCUGUCGCAUCUGCGACUCUGAAUAGCGCGAAGAAUGUGGGCGAGGGACGGGUGGACGAGACGCAUGUUGUCGUCGAGGCUGGUAAUAUUGUGGAUAAUGAUGUGGAGAUGAAUGAUGAUGACGAGGCUGGCUCUGCCUCUGGCAGUGAUGUGGACUCUGAUGUUGAGGACUCCGCCAAGCCUACUAAGCAGGCUGCUCCCGCUGAUGAGGACGUCGAUAUGGAGAACGCCGCUUCCGACGACGAGGACGAGGAAGAGGAGGAGGAGGGUGCUGAGCCCUCGUUCGGCGAGAUCAUGCGCGCCAACGCUGGUCAAGAAGUCGAUGUCGAGGCCGAGAUGGACGAGGAUAAUCUCAUGGGUGCUCUUGUCCCCGGCAAGCCCACGACUGCCGUCCAACAGAUCCCCACUGGCGUGUCGCUCGCUACCGUGCUCACCCAGUCCCUGAAGACUAACGACAAGGACAUGCUCGAGUCCUGCUUCCACACCGCCGACACCUCCAUCAUCCGCACUACUAUCCAGCGCCUCGAGUCUCCGCUGGCAGCCACUCUUCUCCAGAAGCUCGCCGAGCGUCUCUCCUCUCGGCCUGGCCGCUAUGGCCACCUCCUUGUUUGGGUGCAGUGGACCUGUGUUGCCCACGGCGGCGCACUGGCCGGUCACCCCGAGCUCCUGAACCGCAUGGCCACAUUAUACAAGGUGAUGGAUCAACGCUCAUCGAGCCUGCCAUCGCUACUCCUGCUCAAGGGUAAGCUGGACAUGCUGGAUGCGCAGCUGGGACUGCGACAGUCGAUUCGCGGCGGUGACGAGAUGGACAGCGAGGACGAGGACAAUGUCAUUUACGUUGAGGGCCAAGACGACGAAGAAGAUGACGAGGCUAAGCCGCGGACCAAGUCGAUCCGCGACUCUGCAUUCGAGGAAGUUGAGGACGAAUCCAUGAUGAACGGUAUCGACGAGUCCGACGACGAGGAGGAUGAGGAUGAUGAGGACGACGAGGAUGGUUACGAGGGUGUCCUGGACAUUGAGGCCGAGGAAUCUGCCGGUUCCUCCGAUGCCGAGGAGUCACUUGAGGAGAACGAGGAUGACGAAGACGAGGACAGCGAGGGCUCGCUGGCGGACUUUGUCGCUGAUACGGAGGACGAGGAGUCCGACGACGAAAUGAUCGAGGCUCCUCCACCCUCGAAGAAGGCCAAGACUACUGCGGGUCGGAAGAAGGGUGGUAAGAAAUGA